AGGUCUUUUGCAUAUUCUGUGGUCCACGGUACUCGACAGCAACCGUACGUGAAAACACCAGCAACCGCACUAAAGGGUCGUUUGGGAGUGCAUUUGAUAUGCAUUGGAAUCCAUACAGAUUGGAAUUUAUGUGAAUUGGAAUAACUGCGUUUUGCUCUGUUCUCAUAAUUUUCAUACCAAAUACACUCACCCAAACUUACUGAUUCACACCAAUUAAAUCUCUCUCUCUCUCUCUCUCUCUCUCUCUCCAAGUGAAGAAGCCGAAGCGAAAGACAAAAUAUAUAUGGUCUGUGCAGGAUGAAUAGGAUGUUGGCACGCAGCGGCCGCAAAUGCUCUCUCGCCGCCUGAGAAACGAUGCGAAACCAGCUAUGGUUUGCUCUGCUGAUGAUUUGCGGGAGUGGAAGGAUUUUCCUAAAGGCCUCAGGGUCCUUCUACUCGAUGAAGACAGUGUCUCCGCUUCUGAAAUAAAAUCAAAGCUCGAAGAAAUGGACUAUAUCGUUUCAGUGUUUUGCAAUGAGAUUGAAGCAUUGGAAGCUAUUUCAAACAAAGGCGAUAGCUUCCACGUUGCUAUAGUAGAGGUUAGUACGGGAAACAGCCAAGGGUGUUUCAGGUUUCUCGAGACGGCUAGGGACUUGCCCACCAUCAUGAUAUCAAACAUCCAUUGCCUAAGCACCAUGAUGAAGUGCAUUGCGUUGGGUGCAGCAGAGUUUCUUCAGAAACCUCUAUCUGAAGACAAACUGAGAAACAUAUGGCAGCACGUGGUUCAUAAGGCCUUCAAUGCAGGAGGAACUGUUCCUAAAUCAUUGAAACCUGUCAAAGAAACCGUGGUAUCCAUGCUUCAGCUUAAAUCAGAAACAGCUGUGGCCGAAAAUCAAAACCUGUCAGAAGCAGAGAAUUCAGCACUUGCCCAUGAACACGGCCAUGAGGAAUCGCUGGUUACUGAUAGGUAUCCAGCACCUUCAACCCCGCAGUUGGAACGUGGAAGAUCGUCGGAUAUCGGAUGUUGCCAAGACCAACCCAAUUGUUCAAUGGAGAAGGAAAGUAAAGAGCAUGAUGGAGAGUCGAUAGAGUUUAAAAAAUUCAGCUGCUCGGAGUCAAAAUCCGUCGAAAAUACUUGCAUCAAUACAGCCGGUGCUGUUACUGUCAAGGCAGAAUCCCUUUCUGGAGAGCCUAUAAUGGAAGAGGAGGUGGAUUCUGCUGACGGUUCAAAAACCGGUGAAUGCAAUGCUACUAAGGAAAGCAUCAUGUCUUCACAUUCGCGAAAUGGAGACAACAUCGAAUCAGGCACCGAGGAUGGUAUCCAAAAGAAGGCAUCCACUCUUCCUAAUUUAUGUGGCAACAGGGCUAAUAGAAAGAAGAUGAAGGUGGAUUGGACGCAGGAAUUGCACAGACGGUUUGUGCAGGCAGUCGAGCAAUUGGGGAUUGACCAAGCCAUCCCUUCUAAAAUUUUGGAGCUGAUGAAGGUGGAAGGAUUGACGAGGCACAACGUAGCGAGCCACCUUCAGAAAUACCGGAUGCAUAGAAGACACAUCAUGCCCAACGAGGAUGAGAGGAAAUGGCAACAACAGAGAGAUCCAAAUCAACGGAGUUAUAUGCAUAAGCCGAUUGUAGCCUUCCCUCCCUAUAAUUCAAACUGUGGUCUUCCCACAAAUCAGAUCUACCCAGUUUGGGGCCAUCCGAGCUGUCCUCCACCUGCCAUGCAAAUGUGGGGCCACCCAAGCUUUCCGAUGUGGCAAACUACAGAAAGUUGGCGUUGGAGAACUUAUCAUGGGAUGCAUGGGGAUGCAUGGGGUUGCCCUGUUGUGCAACCACAAGGCUCUUUCUGGCCCAAGAAUACGGCAGGUUUUGAAGGUGGUCAUGAGGCGUGCAGGAAUUCGUUUGAUCUCCUCCACCCGGCGGAGGAGGUUAUAGACAAGGUGGUCAAAGAGGUAAUUAGUCAGCCAUGGCUGCCCCUCCCGUUGGGCUUGAAACCGCCUUCCACCGAAAGCGUUGUCACGGAACUCCACAGGCAAGGAAUACGCAACAUCCCUCCCAGCUCCUCUUAGGCUGACGUGGCAGCGGGUCUCGGGCUCGAGCGGGCCCGCCCCCUCUUCCAGCAACCGACAAGGACACGACAUCAAAGUCACCCAGAUUAGUAAGGACUGAGCGUAUCUUUAUCCGAUCCUAUCUCGGCGCAUGAUAGCAUCACUGAUAUCCAGCAGAGAGGGCCACUGAAAGAGCGCUGUCUCGCGCUGUUGACGGCACAGGACUUGCCACGUUUCAGUCCAGGGCUGGAGAAAGAGCGUGUGGCUGUGAAGCUGCGAAGGCGGAAAAAUCGAGCGGCUUUAUGAGCUUGGAAAGAACAGAUUACGUUGAAUAUCGCGCUUGGUUGGCUUUUGUGAGGGAUGGGUAAGGGGUGCGCAGUGCGCCGUGAGGGAAAGCGGAAGGAUGACACGGAUUCGGGUCAGAAGUCCAAUCGUGUCGUUGAUGGAUAGCUGGGCCUGUUUUCUCUGUAUCCAUCAUUGAUUGAAUGGCUGUCCUUUUUACUCUCUUUUUUUGUUUUUUCACCUUUCUUUUACUCUAUGAUUGGAUACAUGUGCUUCUUUCAUAAUGGUCUGGCUAUGAUUGAGGAUCCUGUGCGUGGUACUCGUGCGAGAUCUUGACAGGUGGGUUUACGUAGGGCAUAAAACACCCAAAGUUUGUGGGGACUACAAUGUUGUGUAUGUAAAAUCUACUCCGUCUAUUGGUUA